AAGAAUAAAUUGUAGCUGGCAUUUAUUUUGCAACAAAAAUUUUUUUAUUUUUCGAUUGAUCAUCAACACACAGCGUAAAAUGAUGGAAUUCUAAGAAAUUACAAAAUUUUAUUUAAAACUAGGCUGUUUUGUACAAACACUAUUCCACAACUAAAAUUGCAAAUUGAAAUUGUGCGCACUCAUUUGCACUGCACGGCUACUUAAACAAAUACACUGACUGGCAUGGUUGGGGAGACGGUUUUGUGAUGUGGAAAUGGAAUAUUUUGAAAACGAUUCAAAAGAGGUGACUACGAAAUAACGAACAAAAAAGUGGAAAAAUAUUGUUAAAUGAUAUCAUAUAAUCUCCGAUAACAAGCACUCGAAUUAAUAACACUUCGCUAAUAUGACAUUAGUCUUGUACUAAUUCCGUUGGACGUAACAUCGUCUUUUAUUUGAUACCAAAAUUUGGAAUUUAAUCUGUUAUUCGGUAUAAAAAAUGACGAUCACAAUAAGGAGAGCGACUAAAAAUGACAUGCCAAUUGUUUUUAAAAUGAUGAACGAUUUGGCCGCCACUUUGAAGCAAAACGCACCUAGUAUCACGUUGGAAGAUUUGUAUAGAGAUGGCGGAUUCGAUGGAGACUUGUCUUACUUUUUUGCGCUCCUGGCUGAAGAUUCGAAAGUCAAAGAUUCCAAGGGAUUGCCAACUGCAAUUGGAUUCACAUUGUGUUCACAUUCAUACUGUUGGGAUGGCCGAGCGAUUUACAUGCGGAACUUACUUGUGAACGAUUCGCAUCGAGCAACUGGUGUGGGUAAAAUGCUAUUCAAUGCUGUGCUGAGAUAUGCAAAACAAACCGGAGUUAAUCGUAUUGAAUUGCACGUUUGUAAAACGAAUCCCGCGCAAAAAUUCUACGAGAAAAUGGGCGCAAUAAAUGCGGCUGAAAAAGAAGGACAUGUUUACUAUCGCUUGUACAAAGAUGUUAUAAAUAAAUUUCACGCAUAACUCAAAUAUCUUAGCUAAUCGCAUAUUCAGUAAAGUUCAAAAAUGAAAUCACCACAAGAAUAUGUCUACUACUAUUUUCAGACAAUAAAAUGUCAAACUGUUUCGGAAACGAUUAUAA